GAGUCACACCUAGUAGGGAGCUGAAGCUGCCCUGUCAUUGGAAUAUUUUCAGCCAGGAACAGUAGUUCGAAGCUAAAACCAAAUCCAAAACUAAAUAUUACUAUUUCGCUCCGAUUCAAACAAUAAACCAGCUGAAAUGGAUAUGCUUUUCCAGUACAAGAAGGACCACACCUUCGACAGGCGCCGCAAUGAGGGCGACAAGAUUCGGCGCAAAUAUCCGGAUCGUGUGCCCAUCAUCAUUGAGAAGGCGCCCAAGACCCGCCAUCCCGAAUUGGACAAGAAGAAGUAUCUGGUGCCCACCGAUCUGACUUUGGGUCAGUUCUAUUUCCUUAUACGCAAGCGGAUCAACUUGAAGCCCGACUCUGCCCUGUUCUUUUUCGUGAACAACGUGAUACCGCCCACAUCGGCCACCAUGGGAGCCCUUUACCUGGAGCACAAGGACAAGGACGACUUCCUCUAUAUCUCCUAUUCUGAUGAGAACGUCUACGGACGUCAAUAGACGCUCGGGGUUUAACCCACCAAAAUCGUGUUGGCUUGUUGAGUUACUUUUACGCCAUUUACCCAAGUUCAUCAAUAAAGUGACUCGACUGUCCCUAGCGUCGGUGGCUUCGUCAUUCCAGA